GAACGUGAUCCGUUGAAACUUCAGAACCAUUCAUAUAAGCUUACACAAUGGGUAUCUGAUGAAAAUGUUGCUAACCAUAAGUUUUGGACUUACAUUGAUGGGUCUGGGUUGAGGCCAUUAGUUAGCUGUUCAUAUUUAAUUGGUAAUAGAGUUGUUGUGUCGGCCUUUUGUGAGAGGUGGCAGCCCGAGACCAAUACUUUUCACUUACCCUUUGGUGAGAUGACAAUCACGUUGGAUGACGUCUUUAACAUUUUAGGUAUUCCAAUUCAGGGUGAUUCUAUAUCUGUACCUGAGGGUGUGCGGUUAGACAAAACGUAUUAUGCAUCUUUAUUGUCAUCUACACUAGGUGUUACUACAGAUGAGGCAAAGAUUGAAAUGAGUCGUUAUGGUGGAAAUGGGGUGACACUAGAGUGGUUGAGAUUACGAUUUCAGGGUGUCUCUGAUGAUAGUCCUCCUGAAUUCAUAGAAUUUGCAGCAAGAGGCUUUUUGCUAUAUAUAUUAGGUUGCACACUUUUUGUGGACAAGACUGGGAAUAAGAUAAAUAUUAUUUACCUAUAUUUUUUACGAGAUCUUAAUAGGGUUGGUCGGUAUGCUUGGGGAGCUGCUGGGUUAGCUUUUCUAUAUCGACAGUUAGGACUUGCAUCCAGA